AUGGCCCCGGAUGCCCCUAGGGCGCCUCCUAGGCUAAUCUAUGUCCCCUUUUCCACGAGUGAUCUAUACAAUUGGAAACACCAGAACCCCCCAUUCUCUGAGAAACCCCAGGGCUUGAUUUCCCUACUGGAAACUAUAUUCCGGACCCACCAGCCCACAUGGGAUGAUUGCCAGCAGAUAUUGCAGACCCUGUUUACGUCGGAGGAAAGGGAAAGGAUCCUGAGGGAAGCAGGGAAGGCGGUUAUGGGAGGAAGAAGGGAGUUGGAGGAAAUACUCCCCUCCAUCCCCCCCGAUUGGGAUCCGAACACUGGAGGGGGAAGGGAGGCACUUCUGCAGUACCGCCGAGCUCUUCUGAGGGGAUUGCGGGCAGCAGCCCGCAAGCCCACAAAUUUUGGGAAGGUGAGUGAGGUAGUGCAGGGACGAGAGGAGACCCCUGGCGCAUUCCUGGAAAGAUUAAUGGAGGCGUAUAGGGUAUAUACCCCAUUAGACCCAGAGGCAAGGGAGAAUAGGAGACUCGUAAACAUAGCCUUUGUCACGCAAUCAGCCACGGACAUAAGGAGGAAAUUGCAGAAGAUAGAGGGAUUUGAGGGAGAGAAUAUCAGUAAACUGCUAGAAAUAGCCCAAAAGGUAUAUGUCAACAGGGAUGACCCAGAGGUUGGGAAGGCUAGGGAAGUAGCAAAAAUUUUGAUAGAGGCGCAGAGGAAAGGAGGUGCACCCAGAGGGAACACCGGUAGGGGGAACAGAGAGAGGAGGGGAGCCCGGCUAAAGAGGGAUCAGUGCGCCAUCUGCAAGGAGAAGGGGCACUGGAAGAGGGAAUGCCCCAAGAGGAAGGGGAUAGAGGAGCUAAGGGGGACCCCUGGGCCCAUGGUCACCUUGACAGUCGAAGGAAGACCAGUUGAUUUCCUAGUCGACACGGGAGCCACCUUUUCUGUCCUGAAGCAGCCCCAAGGAAAACUAGAAAAGGAGACAGCCAAAAUUGUAGGGGCCACCGGGAAAUCAGAGACUUAUCCUUGGACAAGUGCGAGAAUUACGGACCUUGGAAAAGGGACAAUCACUCACUCUUUUCUGAUUAUACCGGAUUGCCCCUACCCUCUGCUAGGAAGGGACUUACUUCAAAAGUUGCAAGCCUCCAUAGUGUUCAAGACACCCGAGGAAGAGAAGGGGAACCCCAGCUUAGAAGUUACUGUUCCCCUGUCGGAAGAGUACUUGCUAGCUGUGAGUGAGGCCGAGCCUCAUUCCACUGGAGUUCCCCAGGCACUCUGGGAAAAGAUACCUGGGGUAUGGGCAGAGACCAACCCCCCAGGACUGGCAGUACAUCAGGCGCCAGUGGUAGUCCAGUUAUUGAGUACAGCCACCCCAGUGCGAAUCAGGCAGUAUCCGAUUCCUGCCAGAGCCAAGGAGGGGAGAGCUAAGCACUUGCUGCGGUCACUGGCCGCUGGAAUUCUGAAGAAGUGCCAGUCCCCCUGGAAUACUCCCCUGCUGCCUGUGCAGAAACCUGGGACAUCUGAUUUCCGCCCUGUACAAGACUUAAGGGAAAUGAAUGCCCGGGUAGAGACAAUACAUCCCACAGUGCCAAAUCCUUAUACGCUUUUGAGUGCUUUGUCUCCCACCCACAAGUAUUACUCGGUCUUAGACUUAAAGGAUGCAUUCUUUUCCAUCCCACUGGCACCCCAGAGCCAGGAAAUUUUUGCCUUUGAAUGGAAUGACCCUGAGCAUGGCCUGGGAGGUCAGUACACCUGGACAAGGCUGCCCCAGGGCUUUAAAAAUUCCCCUACUAUUUUUAACGAGGCUCUCAGCCAGGAUCUACAAGAGUACAGGAGAAAACACCCCGAGGUAGUACUCCUACAGUACGUAGACGACCUUCUCGUGGCUGUGUCCCACGCCAGUGAUUGCGAACAAGCAACAGAGGACUUGUUGAGGGAACUCUAGAGGCUGGGAUACAGGGUCUCAGCCAAGAAGGCACAAAUCGUGUCUACCAAGGUAAGCUACCUCGGGUAUGACCUGAGCGGAGGAUUAAGAACCUUAUCUGAGCUAAGGGUCCAGACUAUCCUAGGGAUACCAGAGCCAAUCACCAAACGGCAGGUGAGAGAAUUUCUAGGAGCCAUGGGAUACUGUAGGCUCUGGAUCCUGGGGUACGCCAGGCUUGCACAGCCCCUCUACAACAUGACAAAGGGGAAAGAGACUGAGUUUGCCUGGACUGAGGAGGGGCGGGAGGCAUUUCGGGCCCUGAAGGAAGCUCUUGUCUCGGCCCCGGCAUUGGCCUUGCCCGAUCCAGCCAAACCGUUCCUCCUCUAUGUGGCAGAAAAACAAGGAAUGGCCUUAGGAGUGUUGAGCCAAACCCUGGGCCCUUGGAAAAGACCAGUGGCCUACCUGUCAAAGAAAUUAGACCCGGUGGCAUCAGGAUGGCCAGCCUGCCUGAGGGCCAUAGCGGCUACCUCAGUCCUGGUGAAGGAGGCGAGUAAGCUAACCUUGGGGCAAGACAUCCAAGCAGUCGGGGAACACUAUGUCGAGCAAGUACUCCAUGCACCGCCUGGUCGUUGGUUGACCAACGCACGACUGACCCAAUAUCAGGCACAGCUCCUGAACCCCCUGGCUGUCAGAUUCCUUAAGACGACUGCCCUGAACCCGGCCACCUUGCUACCAGUCCCCGAAUUGGGAGUGACUCAUUGCUGCUCCCAUGUCCUGGAAACGGUAGCCAGAGCACGGCCUGACCUGCGGGACCAGGCCUAUGAAGGUGCUGAUCUGACUUGGUUCACGGAUGGGAGCAGUUUUGUAAGUAAUGGACACAGGUAUGCUGGAGCGGCAGUGACGACGGCGGAUGAAGUAGUGUGGAAACAAGCUCUGCCCAAGGGGACAUCGGCCCAGAGAGCAGAGUUGGUCGCACUCACCCAAGCCCUCCGGAUGGCCGAGGGAAGGACGGUCAACAUUUACACGGACAGCAGGUAUGCUUUUGCAACAGCCCAUGUGCAUGGGGCCAUCUACCGGGAGCGCGGGCUACUGACGGCUGGAGGUAAGGAAAUCAAGAAUCGCCAGGAAAUCCUAGAGCUGCUGGAUGCACUGUGGAUGCCCAAGAAGGUAGCCAUCAUUCACUGCCGAGGGCACCAGAGAGGAAGUGACCCCGUGGCGAGGGGUAACGCCCUGGCUGACCUGGCGGCCAAAGAGGCGGCGGGAGAGGAGGCUGCAGGAGUACUCCCCAUGGGAGUGCUAACCCAUGUAGUCCGAGAAAUGAUUCCCAGAUAUGGCAUUCCUGUGGCGAUUGGAUCAGAUAACGGGCCUGCCUUUGUAUCCCAAAUAUCCCAAAACCUAGCUGGGAGACUGGGCAUAACCUGGAAAUUGCACUGUGUGUAUAGACCCCAAAGCUCAGGGCAGGUAGAGAGAAUGAAUCGGACCUUGAAGGAAACAUUAAUUAAAUUAAUGGAGGAGCUCGGGGAGAACUGGGUAGAAUUGCUCCCCUUCACCUUAUUUAGGGCUCGAUGUACCCCGUACACAGGAGGGUGGACGCCUUAUGAAAUCAUGUACGGGCAGCCUGUGCCACUAGUGCCCAAGCUGACUAGAGAGGAGAUGGAGGCCUCUAAUCAUAACUUUCUAAAGUCCUUACAGGCACUGCAGGCCCUCAGAGAGGAAGUCCGGAGCCUACGAAGGGAGGAAAAGGAGGCAAAUGAAAGAGGCGGUGCUGGCGAACUAAGGACACUGAACCCCGGUCAAUGGGUAUGGAUCCUGAACCGCCGGCGAGGAAGCCUUGAACCCAGGUGGAUCGGGCCAUUCCAGGUACUGAUAAGCACCCCGACUGCCGUUCGGGUGGCUGAGAAACCCUACUGGAUACACCUCUCCCACGUUAAGCCAGCUCAGGACCCCAGUGAAGAAAAACCAUGGAGAGUUCGACAGGACCCAGGAAAGCCUCUCCGGCUCUCUUUUACCCGCUCUUAA